AAGGACGAGAGGAUGAAGGACGAGAGGAUGAAGGACGAGAGGACGAGGGACGAGAGGACGAGGGACGAGAGGACGAGGGACGAGAGGACGCCCCCGUCGGACCGCGGUUCUGCGGUCGCCGUCAUCGUCUUCGUGCUGGGACUGGGAACUCUGCUGCCCUGGAACUUCUUCAUCACAGCCUCGCAGUACUUCAACGAGCGGCUGGGAAACGGCGGCGCUAACGCUACAGCUAACGCUACGGCUAGCGGCGGCGCGGGGAAGAGCUACAACUACGACAGCUGGAUGGCUCUGCUGUCCCAGCUGCCCCUGCUGCUGUUCACGCUGCUCAACUCCUUCCUGUACCAGUGGGUGCAGGAGCGGUUCCGCGUCUCCUUCAGCCUCGUCUCCAUCUUCGUCCUCUUCGCGCUGACGGCCGCGCUGGUCCAAGUCCCCAUGACGCCCGACACCUUCUUCUCCGUCACCAUGGCAACCAUCUGGUUCAUCAACAUGUUCAGCGCGGUUCUGCAGGGCAGCCUGUUCGGCCUGCUGGGCCGGUUCCCGCCCCGGUACAGCACCUUGUUCAUGAGCGGACAAGGACUGGCCGGGAUCUUUGCUGCUGCCGCCAUGUUGGUUUCUAUACUGACUGAACCCGACUCCACCUCGGCUGCUCUCGGCUACUUCAUCACUCCGUGCUCGGCUACGCUGGUGACGCUGCUGUGCUACCUGCUGCUGCCGCACCUGGACUUCGCUCGGUUCCACCUGAACAGACAUGAUGAGACGGAGAAGGAGAAGGAGCCGCUGGGCAGCGCAGGUCGGUACCAGGAACCGCUAGGAACCGCUAGGAACUGGUCAGGAACCGGUCUGGUUGCAGAGGAGAAGCGGGCCCUGGACGGAACCGGGAAGGACCUGGAGGCCGCCGGAACCGCCGGGGGUUCAGAGGAAAACCAGGACCAGGACCAGGACCAGACCCGGUCCUCGGUCGCUGACGUCUUCAAGAAGAUCUGGGUGAUGUCUCUGUCCGUCACCUGCGUCUUCGCCGUCACUCUCUCCGUGUUCCCCGUCAUCACGGUCCGGGUCAGAACCGUCUACACCGACAACGCCGCCUGGGACCGGGUCUUCACAUGCGUCUGCUGCUUCCUGGUCUUCAACGUCAUGGACUUGGCGGGUCGUGGAGCUCCGUCUCUGGUCCAGUGGCCGCCCAAGCAGAGCCGGCUGUUUCCCGCCGCCGUGGCGUCCCGCCUGGUCUUCGUUCCGCUGCUCAUGACCUGCAACGUGGAGGGCUCUAGGACCGCCGUGCUGUUCCGCCACGACGCCGCCUUCGUGCUCAUCAUGGCGGCGUUCGCCUUCUCCAACGGAUACCUGGCCAGUCUGUGCAUGGCCUACGCUCCGCAGUUGGUUCGUUGCCGCGACGCAGAGACGGCCGGCUCCCUGAUGACCUUCUUCCUGGUUCUGGGUCUGGCGGUGGGGGCGUCCUUCUCCUUCCUGCUGGGGACGCUGGUGUAGCAGGACCCGGACCGGAGGCCUGGACCAGGACCGGAGCACCACCCGCCUCCCGGUGGUGUAGCGGAACCGGGACCGGAGGCCUGGAGGCCUGGACCCGGACCGGGACCGGGAACCGCCUGCCUCGAAAGGAACC